CCGUAAACUGUGAAAGCAGAAUUGUGUUAUUCCCGUUAAGAAGUACCGAGUUCGGCACAUUGUUUAUAAAUUAAUAUUACAUGGAACGCAUUUCUGUAAAUAUCCAUUGCAUUAAAAUAUUAGCAUAUCUCCAUCAGAGAAAUGUCGUCGUCUCCUCAACAAGAAGAUCGAAAACUCAGUAUACAUGAGAUACCGCCGCUAUAUUCACCAUGGAGUAAAGUUAAUUUAAAAACUGAGACUUAUCGCAACUUCUUCAAUCCAAAUAUUUGUCAUUGGUGCAAGAGAAAACCGAAAAACUCACCAUUCUAUUCCGAGGAUUGCAAUACACAUUGUUCAUGCAACAUGAUUCUUUACUGUUGCAAUUAUCACAAAUCAGAACAUCAAGCGAAUCAUAAAGAGAUCUGCGAAAUUUUAGAAAAGCUUUCACACAGUCAUCCGCAAUUCUGGAAAACUCGUAAUUCCAGUCAAAAGAAUUGGAUCAAAUCAAGGAAGGAGCUCUUACGUUUAGUCAAAACAGAGUUGGAACGUGAUAUGAAGCCGUACGAAAUGCAGAUGAUCACGUUUGCUAAAUCGUGUUUUGUUUGUCAUAAACAGCAUGAUCUCCAAACUUGUACGCAGUGUUAUUGUGUGAACUACUGUUCGAGUCAUGCAGAAGUUUUGAAAAAUCAUCACAGUUCAAAUUGCGCUAAAUUGAACUCGUGUCUCGAAAUGGAUAAUUACAUACGUCGUUCAAUAUUGCCUCAUGGUAAAUUUAAUCGGGCUAAUUUCACCAGUAUACAUAAAGUUAUUAACAUACAACAAUUCAUUGAGAAAUUUACGGAUUCAAAAUGUGAUUAUUUACACAAAUCCUAUUCUGAUUACCUAUCAGGGCCAUUGACUCUGUAUUACGGAAUAAUGAAAGGAAAUUUCUAUAUAGGAAGUAAGCACUAUGUUGUUCACAUAAUACACGCAAAUGUUUUAGAUGCGCAAUAUAUACUAGCUUGGGAAAUUUUGCUGCAUGUUUUACGUGGGGUAAUAAAUCAUCUGGAAGUUGUAUUAAUAGGAUCAGAAAUGCAGUCCAUUUACGUAAAUGUUGAACUUUGUUGGAAAUGCGCAAGAUACGCUUGGAUUUGGCGCAUUCCAUAGGACAAAAGACAAUCCGUAGAACUGGCCGGUCCAAUGAAAGCAAAUAUAUGCCCGUUUGCACUUAUAAGCACACAUAUGCUCGCGUAUACAUGUGUGUAUAUUCACUCGAAAUCAUAAUAAGCGUGAUACAUGCCGCAGAGGACGCAUGAUGCUGGUGGCUAUAUUUCGAAUGUUUAAUAUGCGCACCACAAUAUUUGCCAAGUGACUUAAUUAUAAAUG